AUGGUUGAUUCAUUCAGUGAUAUUUGUGUUCAAUUGAAUCGAUGGAUUCUUCUUAUAAUCAUUAUUAUGGGUAUAUUUGGUAAUCUAUUGAAUAUUACUAUAUUUAUUCGACCUGUUUUCAAUCAUCAUGUUUGUUCUUGGUACUUUUUUGCUUUGGCUGUUAAUAAUUGUUUUUAUUCACUUAUUGUUAUCACGUAUCAUCUAUUGACAGAUGGAUUUCAAAUUCAAGCAAUAACAAAUUCUUUAUCACUAUGUCAAUUUAUCAGCUUUAUUGAUAUAUUUUGCACAAGUUUAUCACAUUAUCUUAUUGUACUUGCUGCUAUUAAUCGAUACUGUGCUGGUUCAGCAAAUCCUCGAUUUCAUAUAUUUCAUAGUUUUCAAGCUAUGGUAUUGUCAAUUCUUCUCACUAUGAUAUUCUGCGGACUUCUUGCUAUCAGCAAUCCAAUUGUAGUUGAUCUAAACUCGACAGAUGGAUUCGGUUGUAAUGUUCGAGUUAAUACAAUUUAUAAGGAAUUUUAUGUAAUCGUUCAAAUGAUUUUAUUUGUUAUUAUUGCACCUAUUCUAAUGAUUAUAUUUGCUUUAUUGACAUUUCGUGAUAGAAGAUUAAUUGGUGAUAUACCCAUGGCUGUUUCAAAAUGUCGUCAUAUGGAAUAUCAUCAAACAAGAAUGUUUUUUCUACUUGUUAUUGUCUAUAUUAUACUUAACUUACCAGAAUGGAUCGAAUACUUAAUUUUAUUGCGAUCAAAUUUAUUUAAAUCAAUCAUUCUCACUACAACGAUUAUUCGAAUUCCAAUUUACUUCUCCUAUAUAUUACCGAUUGUUUGGUAUUUGAUCACAGCUCAUCCUUCUUAUGAACUACUCAGUUAUGACAUUAAUGCUCAAAAACCAUCAAUUAUGUUGCCACAAUCUGCCGAUCAAUUUCCAGAUGAACAUCGUGAAUCUGUAAUUUGUAAACAUUGUUCUAAUCAUCGUCAUCGUCAUAGUAAGUGUCAUACGAAUUGUGAUAAUGAAGCUGAAUCUGGUAUUAAACAUGGCAGUUUUCGUCUUCGACAUCGUAUUAUUGAAAAAUUUAACCAAUAA